AUGUUCGUGGCCUCCAUCCUUGCCUCUGCCCUGCUCUUCAGUGCUGUGGGCUCUGGGCUGCACUGGAAAUGCAGUACAAUCUUUGGGAUCAAAGACACCGAGUCACUUAUCCAGAAUCUGAAGGAUGACCCUGCCUCAAAAUGCAGCUGCAACACCAACGUGACCAGCUGCUUGUGUCUUCCCAUCCCAUCGGAUGAUUGUACCACACCGUGCUUCCUGGAGGGAGUGUCACAGGUGACCAAUGCCACACAGAAGACAAAUCUCUCAGUUUUUUCCAUUCGGUUGAAAAAGACAGUUGAAAGCCUAAAGAGCAACAAGUGUCCGUUUUUCUCCUGCGAAAAUCCAUGCAACCAGACCACAGCAGGCAACACGCUGUCAUUUUUGAAGAGUCUCCAGGCGACGUUCCAGAAGGCAGGGGUGCUAAGGCGGAAACAAGCGUGA